AUGACUCAUGAGCACAAAUUCUAGGAACCUUUCUGAAAUCUUUCUCCGCAUUCAUUCAUUCAUUCAUUCAUGUAAUAAUAUUCAUUCUCUGCAAAUCAACGCCAACCCAGAUUCUCCUUUGUCCUUUCUUUUGUGUUUUCUUCACCCUUCUUUCUCCAUCACACGCUCUCUCAUCAAGAGGUGUGACAAUGGUGACUUGUAUACCUGCUGGGAGUGGCAAACUGCAUUUUGGAGUGACAGAUUGCAAGGGACGGAGCUGCAUACGGACUGCGUGCGUUUCUGAUGUGCCUAUCAAGAGGAACACACAUAAAUAUCUUUCUUGGUCUCAAGGGGUAUCCAAGAUGCUGCAGAUACACAGGUGCAAGGCUUCUGUAUCUCCAGUUUGCAAGAAUCAGAAACUCUUCAAGGUCAUUUCAUCAUACAAGAAAGAAGGUUCCACAAAAUAUUUUGACUUUGCUGUGAUUGGAAGUGGAAUUGCUGGGCUUCGCUACGCACUUGAAGUUGCAAAAUAUGGGUCUGUUGCUGUGAUCACCAAAGCCGAGUCUCAUGAAUGCAACACUAAUUAUGCUCAAGGUGGCGUCAGUGCUGUGCUAUCACCUUCUGAUUCUGUGGAGAGUCACAUGAAGGAUACCAUUGUGGCAGGGGCUUAUCUUUGUGACGAAGAGACUGUUCGAGUUGUCUGUACUGAAGGACCUGACAGAGUCAGAGAAUUAAUUUCCAUAGGCGCUUCAUUUGAUCAUGGAGAAGAUGGUAACCUGCAUCUAGCGAGGGAAGGGGGUCAUUCACAUCGUCGAAUUGUUCAUGCUGCUGAUAUGACUGGAAAAGAAAUUGAAAGGGCUCUGCUGAAGUCAGUUGUUAAUAAUCCUAAUAUUUUUGUGUUUGAACACCAUUUCGCUAUAGAUCUUCUCACUUGUCAGGAUGGAUCUGAUAUCAGUUGUGUUGGUGUUGACACUCUGAAUACUGAAACAUUAGAGGUGGUAAGAUUCCUUUCAAAGGUGACUUUGCUUGCAUCUGGUGGAGCUGGACAUAUUUAUCCCAAAACUACAAAUCCUCUGGUGGCUACUGGAGAUGGAAUUGCCAUGGCACACCGAGCUCAAGCUGUGAUUUCAAACAUGGAGUUUGUGCAGUUUCACCCAACCGCCUUAGCCGAUGAAGGCCUUCCAAUUAAACCGUCCAAGCCGAGGGAAAAUGCAUUUUUGAUAUCUGAAGCUGUUAGGGGUGAUGGUGGCAUCCUUUAUAAUUUAGGCAUGGAAAGGUUCAUGUCUUUGUAUGAUGAGAGGGAAGAGCUUGCUCCAAGGGAUGUGGUGGCAAGAAGUAUCGAUGACCAACUUAAAAAGCGCAGCGAGAAAUACGUGCUCCUCGAUAUAAGUCACAAGCCGAAGGCAGAAAUUCUCUCCCACUUUCCCAACAUUGCCUCUACGUGCCUCCAGCAUGGUUUGGAUAUAACUCGCCAUCCGAUCCCAGUUGUCCCAGCUGCUCAUUACAUAUGUGGAGGAGUUCGUGCUGGGCUUGAAGGAGAGACAAAUGUAAAGGGUCUGUACGUAGCUGGUGAGGUGGCGUGUACAGGUUUGCAUGGAGCAAACAGACUUGCUAGCAAUUCAUUGCUUGAGGCACUGGUUUUUGCUCGACGAGCUGUCCAGCCUUCAAUUGAUCUGAUGAAGAGUUCUAGCCUUGAUAUGACUGCUUCCAAUUUUUGGCCUCACCCUGUCGUGCCUUUUUCGCUUGGAAGUGAUGUCAUAGGCAAAAUUCGAUCCGUUACAAGAGAGUUGAGGAAAGAACUGCAAUGUAUCAUGUGGAACUAUGUUGGAAUUGUUCGGUCCACGAUGAGACUAGAAACUGCAGAGCGAAAAAUUGGUAAACUAGAGGCUAAAUGGGAGGAGUACUUAUUUCAACAUGGAUGGAAGCCAACAAUGGUGGUGCCUGAAACCUGUGAAAUGAGGAACCUGUUUUGUUGUGCCAAGCUCGUGGUCAGCAGUGCCCUUUCGAGGCACGAAAGCCGGGGCCUUCAUUACACGGUCGAUUUUCCUCAUCUCGAGGAAAGCAAGAGGCUCCCAACAAUAAUUUCUCCAAGUUCACAUGUCAACAACACUUGGAGUUCUAUGCAGUUACAUAAGCAGCCCAUGUAUCAGUAACACUUCUUUGCCGAAAUGUCGGUUUCUGACACUACAUAUGAAUGGGGACAAUAAUCUAAAGCUAUCAAAACCCGCACCAGAAGGGUAAAUCCAUUGCUGGAGUCAAAUUUUCAUUUGCCUUUACUCCCCCUAUAAUCCUUUUUUCUUAAAAAAAUUUGAAGAGAAGUAUGUAUUCUCUGAUUCAUUGUUUAAAUAUAGGAAGAAAUAUAUAAAAUAUAGAUUUGGGGUUAAUGCCCCUUCUAAUAGAGACAGAAGUUUAACAUAACCAGAUCUCAAGAUUUGGAUUUUUAUUUUACCUUGGUGCUUGUAUGCUAUCACCAUUUCAAUUAUUGAAUGCAAAUGCAUGUUCCUUACCAAGUAGUAGUGGAAUUCAUGUGGAA